UUAACAGCUAAAUACUUUAUGUUUUAAAGAUAAAAAGAUGUUAUUGCCACUGUCAAUUAUCUUUUUAACAUUGGACUAUGUAUAUAUGAGUGAAGACACAUUUCACGAAGAGUUGUUAGUUCACCAGUUGACUUCAGGUCAUGUGUAUACACAAUUUCAAUUUUCAACACUUUGGAAUGUAAAUAUAUUUGAGGAAAAGUUGCCAUUGCAUUUUAACUUGUUCCCGAAAUCUUUUGCUGAAAUAGUCAGUUCAUUUGGCAUAGCUGAACUACAUCUUUCUAUGACACAAGGACGGUGGAGAUAUAACAAAUGGGGUUACCCUAUUUUAAAUGCACCACCAGGAAUUGAGCUAUGGGUAUGGUUUCACCCUGAUGCGAACAAAACGAGCGUUGAUGAACAAUGGCACGGUUUGGUUCAUGCUUUAUCUGGACAGUUCUGCUCCUCCUUAAAUUUCAUCAAUGAUGCGGUCACGUCAUCCCCAAACUUGUCAAUGAAACCUCUUGGUGUGUGGCCAGAAAAGGGGGAUUCUGGUGCUCACUUGAGGUACGCUGCAUUAUCUCGUGAGACUGUUUGCACAGAAAAUUUAACUCCAUGGAAGAAGCUAUUACCCUGCACAGAUCAGGCUGGCAUGGGUUCUUUACUUAACGCUCUCCACCUCUAUGACUCAUCAUAUCAUUCACUGGCAAUACAUUUGCGCUCAAUCUGCGAGACUGGUGAUUGCGACGAUGUCAAACUCGAAUUGAAACAAACUGUUUCAUCUGUGUUUGAUCCAAUCCACGCAAAUGUACAAAACAAUUGGUCAUUAAGGAAGUUAUUUGGUCGUACGUUAAACUCCAAAUGUCCAGUUGCAAGCACAAGUGUGUUAAUUGUCAAAUUAAAUGAUGAAAAUAUAGUGACAUCCAUACUGCAUCCACCUGCAAAUAGAAAUGUUCAGAAUGAUGAUGGGAAUUUUCAUAUUUAUGACUUGCUUGAUACAGAUUUUUCCAAGCCAUUCGAUGUUUCUGCCAGUGUUAAAUAUCACACGAAAAAUGUAAUUACUCCUCCAUAUUUGCUUGUUCAUAAAUAUACGACAGGUUAUGGUGAGGAGGUUGGAGGUAGCACGUGUACAAUUACAAACUCUCAUCAACGAGAGAACAUCACUAUAUCCUACUUCGACGUCGUACCGUACUUUGUGAGAACGUACCUACACACGUUGAGAGUGCAUGUGGAUGGCAAGCAAGUAAACCCAGAGGCAUUACGUUUUACGCCAGCGAAUCAGCGUGAACGUCCAACCACAAUCGAGUUUCUGCUGACCAUACCUCCACAAUCCACUGCAAGCGUGGCUGUAGAAUUUGAAAAAGUUUUCCUCGACUGGAUGCAACACCCUCCUGACGCACAUCAUGGGUUUUACAUAGGUUCAUCUGUUAUCAGUGCUGUGUAUCCUGACACGCAGAACUCGACUGGAAUUUCAGAACAAGAUACUUUACUCUCCAGGUUCGAAGCACCUCCGAACAGAAGAGUUUUUCGUCGCAUAUAUACCGAACCACUUCUGAUUCGUGUCCCGUUACCGGACUUUAGUAUGCCGUACAACGUUAUUUGCUUGACGUGUACAGUAAUAGCGAUAGCAUUUGGAUCAAUUUUUAACUUGACAACGAGAACUUUCGAAGUAAUCGAUGAAAGUAGUCAAAAAACAAUGAAGGACAAAAUAAAAGCAUUUUUUUUCAAAUUUUUUAAAAAAGAAAAGAUUUCAUAAUAGUUUUUCGAAAAA